AUGAAACCCGCUCUUCCCCGUCCGAUAACAGCAACGCUUCGCUUCCCGUCGUCCUUAUCGCAUACACGCAACACUACAAGGUUACCACUGUGUAGGAGCUGCUGGACAAACGAGCGGUCAUGUCAGCCAAUUAGGAAUACACAGGUCCAGAGGGGAUUUCAUUCGACCCCCUCUCAGCGGCUCAACGCCCCCCAAUCGAAGAAUGCUUCUGGAUCCACCGGCUCGAAAAGGAGUUCGAGGAGACGGACAGCUAUACGACUUGGAGCUGCGGGAGGAACACUAGGUGUUGCAGUGAUAGGGUUCUGGGAUGAUAUAAAGCAUGGCUAUGCGGCUGCCGAAAGAAGUGCUAGAGUUGCCGCCACUCUUGCGAUCUGUAUCAAUGACUACCGAACGACUCUCAACCAAACAGGCGGCACCCCCGAAGAACAAGAAGCAUUGCUCAAAGCAUGCCACAAACGCUGCGCAGAACGUACCCUCGUCGUCCUAGAAAAGAAUGGAUCCAUAUUCAUCAAAUUGGGUCAACAUCUCAGCAGUAUGGGUUAUCUUCUCCCGCUAGAAUGGACAACAACUUUCAUCCCCUUGCAAGACAAAUGCCCCGUCUCAUCGUUUGAAUCGGUACAGGAAAUGUUCCUUGCGGAUACGGGCAAACGUAUUGAUGAGGUCUUUUCAAGUUUCAAUCCUACCCCUAUAGGCGCUGCGUCACUUGCACAGGUCCAUGUCGCAACUUUACGGGAGACGGGUCAGAAAGUAGCUGUCAAAAUUCAGCAUCCGGUUUUGGCUGAAUGGGUGCCGCUCGAUCUUGCGUUGACACGAUUGACCUUCUCUACAUUGAAGCGCUUUUUCCCAGAAUAUGACCUAGAAUGGCUUUCGCGGGAGAUGGAUCUGUCGUUGCCGAUGGAACUUGAUUUUAGACACGAAGCUGAGAAUGCGAUGCGGGCAAAGGAGUACUUUAGGCAACAUUCUGAUGCGCCGUUGGUCAUCCCUCAGGUAAUAUCGGCCGAAAAGCGUAUUUUGAUCAUGGAGUUCAUUUCUGGUGCUCGUCCUGAUGACCUGGAAUUCCUCGACAAGAAUGGAAUUGACCGUGACGAAGUAUCAGCUGCAUUUGCACACAUCUUUAAUGAAAUGAUCUUUGGUGACAAUGCGCCUCUCCACUGCGACCCUCACGGCGGUAAUAUUGCCAUUCGCAAGAACGACUCUCGCCGCAAGCCCAACUUUGACAUCAUUCUAUACGACCACGGUCUUUACCGCGAUAUCCCUCAAGACUUGCGUCGAAAUUAUGCCAAACUCUGGCUUUCUGUUAUUGAAGGCGAUGAACAGAAGAUGCGCAAAUACGCAUAUGAGGUCGCGGGUGUCACUGAAGAGCUGUUCCCGAUUUUCGCAAGCGCCAUCACGGGCAGAGAUUAUACGGUCAUUGCCCAGAACAAGGUUGUAUCGUCACGGGAUAAUGAGCAGGAGAAGAGUAAUGUUACCAGUGCGCUGAGUCAUGGCUUGCUUCAGCAAUUGGUUGAUAUGCUCGGACGAGUUCCUCGGAUUAUCCUCUUGAUUCUAAAAACGAAUGAUCUUACCCGAAGUCUCGACGAGAACUUACACACCCGCCAAGGGCCCGUACGCACAUUCCUCAUCCUCGCUCGAUACGCCACCAGAACCGUAUUCGAGGAGGAAAUGGAACUCGUGUCGCAGAACGGCAGCCUUUUGCAACUCAGUAAUCUGUACCGUUUUCUGUCUGCUUUUACUGCUUAUGUGCGCGUUGAGUUGAAGUUGUUAGCCUAUGAGAAGUGGCUCUCCGUCAAGAGUACGUUUGGCAUUGUAGCGUGA